AUGGCCGAUGGCGCGAAGAGCUCGUACAAAAUCGAUAGGCGCCGGCGAGUGUGCGGCGAGUGUAGGCGCGCUGCGGGCCUAGUUCAUCGACCUGCGCGGCGGAGUCGUCGCGCGUGCGCGGCGGGGGCGGCGGAGUUCGGCGUCAGUCGCGCCCCGGCCGCGGCCUCUUCCGUCAGUCCGCGCCAUGCCGCGCCCGCGACGCCGCUAGCGCGGGCGUGGCCGGCCCGCCGCCCGCCCAGCCCGCCUAAAGCGGGCCGUGUGAAGCCGUGCCGUGCCGAUAUCCAUUCGACGCAUCGCGACUGCGAGUUUGCCGCCAUGCUGUCCGGGGAUUCGCUCUAG